GCUCGUCGUCGUCGUCGUCGUCGUCGUCGUCGUCGUUGAACCAACAAGCAAACGAAGCACCAAAUUUCACCCAUACAUUUCAAAAAGACCCAAACUAACCCUUCCCCUCCCCCUCUCCGAACAUCGUCAAAGCGUUGCGGUCUCCACUUCUGAAAAACAUUGACGAUGGCAGCGGCGCAAACGGCCAGCGUGGAGCCAGUCCCUGGCGCGACGAGUCCAACGCUACUCCGCAGCACCACGAACGCGCCCACCAUCAGCCAACCCGUGACAAGAACAGUCAGCAAUGCCGCAUCCUUGCAACAGGCUGGCAGCGGUGGUAGUGGCGGCGCCGCGGCAGGGGGUGUCGAAUUGUUCGUCUUGUCUGCAGAAACGCGCGCCAUGCUCCACGAUGUCGCCCAGCAAAUGCUCGGCUCACUAAGAAUCGGCACGUUGAAGCUACGGAUGAAAACGUAUCGGCUGUGCUUUACGGGAAAGGACGCAGUCACCUGGCUGCUCUGCAACAACCUCGCCAAAACCAAAGAGGAUGCCAUCCGGAUUGGCAACAUGAUGAUUAUCGAAAAGCUGUUUCGCCACGUCACCAACGAGCACCUCUUCAAGAACGAGCCCAACCUGUUCUAUCGGUUUGCCGUGCACGAAGAGCAGCUCGAGCGCGAGGAGCUCGAGGGUGGCAGGGGUGGCGCGACCCCAACAAGCGGUAGCGUGGGCUCGGGAGGCUCACAUCCUCUCGCCGCCCAGAGCAAUUCUGCGCUGGGCGUGUCAGACCGAACCAGCAUUGGCGGCAGCAUUGGCAGCACUGGCAACAUUAACGCCAUCAACGCCGACCAUUCUGGCUCCUUCCCCGGCGGCGCCAACGGCUUGCUCACCCCUGGGAUGCUCGGCAUCAACGGAUCCACUGCCUCCAGUGGCGGAGACUCGGAUGCCGCUCACGGCACCGACACGGACAUUGACAGCCAAGCCGAGCGCGAAGAUUUGAACAUUGCCCCUCAAACGGCCAUGGUGCGCAUGCUCACCCCGGAGGCAAUCUUGCUACUACGCGACACGACCAAGUCUCUCAAAGACCUCGACAAUGCGCUUCGCAAGCUCGGCAACGAAAUGCUCCAGUGCCUGGACAUUACCACCCGCAAGACGCAGACGCGCACGUUCAAGGAUUGCUUUGUCGGCAAGGACGCUGUCGCAUGGAUGAUUCAGAACGGCGUGGCUGCGGACGAGCAAGGCGCCAUUCGCGUCGGCAACAUGAUGGUGACGCUGGAUAUUUUCCACCAUGUACUCAAAGAGCACACCUUCAAGAAUGAAAAUCUGCUCUACCGCUUUACUGUUCACGAGGACUCUGGCCAAACUAAGGGGUCUUGGGUCUAUUCCCGCAAUCUCCCCGUCAUGCUCCGAGUUUUGACACAAGAGCAGCUGCGGCCGUUGAAAAAGUCGUCGACAAAAAACGUCCCGCCGCCUGUCGCAGCGGCUGCUGCAGCAGCAGCAGCAGUAGCAGCAGCAGCAGCAGCAACAACAACAACAACCUCCUCUGCCACACCCGCAGAGUCAACACCAGACUCACCAGCACCACCACAUCAUCAUCUACAACAACAACAGCAACCACCACAGUCAUCCAUCUCUUCCACAUCCGGCUCGUUGCCACCAAACAGCAGUAGCACCAAUCUGCAACAGCUCGGCGCGCUCAACGGCUCAGCAAACAAUCUGAGCCCGGCGGACGAGCUUCGUCAAUCUCUCGAUAUUCUUGCAGCUCGCAUGAUGAGCAGUCUCGAGGUCAAGGAUCGCAAGUUUUUGCUGCGAACGUACAAGGACUGCUUUGUGGGCACGGAAGCUGUGGACUGGCUUCUGUCACGUGGUGUGGCCGAGGACGAGGAGGACGCUGUGCGCAUUGGCAAUCUCAUGAUCAAGAACAAUCUCUUCCAGCACGUCACGCUCGACCAUCUCUUCAAGAACGAAAACCUCUUUUAUCGCUACACCAGCACCUACGGCUCGGAUUUGGACUCGGUACUCGCAUCACCUCCUGGGGCAACGCCGUCGCCCGCCAUUUCAACGCCAACGCCGACCGUUGGGUCGUCGCCCGCGGUCGGCCCGUCGAACUCGCCUUUAGCUACUCGAAAAAUGUCGACUGCAGGCAGUGUCAUGCUCAAUGCUGGCGCUGCCGCAGCGGGGGCGAGCAGCGACCGACCUGCUCCCUUGCUAUCCACAGGCUCGGUGUCGUCUUUGGGCGGUCGCAAGCAGCGCGAGCUGCAAACCAUUGUCACGAGCAUGAAGCAUUUUGUUGAUGUCCGCGACCGCAAGUACAUGCGCAAAAUGUACCGUCGAACAUUUCUCGGCAAGGACGCGGCCAACUGGCUCAUCUGGACGGGUGUGGCCCAGGAUGUCGACGACGCGAUCGGGACGGGCAAUCGCAUGCUACAAAAGGGGCUGAUUCGAAGCAUCAACGGCUCUGACCAGUCCUUCAAGUACGACUCAUCUGCCCUGUACCGGUUCUCGGAAGAAGGCGCGGCCCGUGUCGUCCGCAAGCCCACCUCGGCUGCUGCCACCACGGGUGCAGCGGUUGCGUCCGCGGCGGCCGUGCUCGUUGGCGGUGUUGGCGCCGUUGGCGGAGCGGCCGCCUCGCUUGGCAAAAAGGCCUUUGGAGGCGCGCGCAAGCUGAUGGGCAAAGUCGUCAAGCGAUCCAAUACAUCGGUUGGCCUCGAAGAUGUGCCUUCGGGUGGCAGCGCCACUGGUCGUCCCAAAAGUGAGGCUGGCAGUGUCUCGUCGUCCGACCCUCCUUCACAGCCCAGCUCGAGACCAGUCAGCCUCAUCUCGCAACCUGGCGAGGUGGUUGCUGUCGGAGCCGAGCCGUCCGGUCAUCGUGGCCUGUCUAGCGCAACGUCCAUUGACGAGGCUGACCUUGCGGAAGACGAUGAGGAUGUCGAAGACCUCGACGAUGAUGACAUUGUCGACGAUGUGUUUGAUGACGACGAUGAAACAGACGGCGGCGAAUCGAGUAGCAAGAGCGUUGUAACGCCGCUUCCAUCUUCUCCAGACCUCGCUCCAACCGCACCUGCACCACUGACGACAUCGCAAAUGGCCGCAGCCGCAGCUGCACCCGCUUCGGCUAGCGCUUCCACGUCGAGCGCUGGAGGUCGCAUCGAGGAGAGCAAUCCCAUCAUUGCCAAUUACUAUGGCAAACGCAAUGCUGUCAGCAUUGCUGAUGUCAAGUCUGUCAUGAACUUGUCCAUCGAGGCCUGCUUUGAACGUGCGCAGUUGGGAUCGAUGAUGAUGCGCUCAAAAGUCAACAAGCCACCAGCCUGGUUCCGUGUCACCAUCGACAAGGAGCGCAAAAUUAUGUACUGGCGAUACAAGAGCGGCAUCACGGUCAAAAAUGCCUUGCUGCUGGGCUCAAUCCGCGAUGUUCGACUUGGCGCAUCCAAGCAAGUGUUUGAAACCAAACUCGUGGCGGAAGUCUAUGCCCGAUCCUUCUCGAUCGUGUACGGACCGAACUGGGAAGAAGUGCACUUCACCUCCGAAACGCUCGAAGACUUUUUCGUCUGGUCGCGGCUGUUGGAGCACAUUGCCGAGCAGGCGCGUUUGUCGGCUCCUCGAAACGCGAGCAUCCUGACCUGGCUCAAGCUGGAGUUCUUGCUGGCCAACCAAGUGACUAUUGACACCAUUUCUGGCGAACGCGCAGUGUUCCUCCUCGACAAACUGCUCAACUUUAGCAAGACGGAGCCUGACAUUCCUCGCAAGUUCCUGACCAUGCUCGAGCACGAGUCCAUGACCUUCCAACAAGUCGCUCGUGCCUACGUCGAGCAUACCAUGCCUGCACAUGUGGAGGUCGUCUUCCAUCAGUACGCCAAGACGGAGAGCGCUGACGGCAAACUUGUCAUGAAUCUGGAGUGCUUCUUGGACUUUCUCUACGCUCAAGGGGAGACGGAUAUUUUUGACGACGAAGGCAGCAUCAUGAUUCGCAAAUACAGCUCGCGCAACAACGAACAAUUGGAUUUGGUCGAUUUUGCGCUCUUUUUGCUUUCCGACGACAACAUUGUCGUUCGCAAGGCCCAUUUGCCCCUUCACGAGGACAUGACGCGUCCGCUCUCCGAGUAUUUCAUUGCAUCGUCCCACAACACUUAUCUUCUUGGUGACCAACUGAAGGGAGAGUCGUCCAUCGAGGGCUACAUUCGCUCCCUUCUUGAAGGCUGCCGCUGCGUCGAGCUUGACUGCUGGGAUGGCAGCGACGGCGAACCAAUCAUCUAUCACGGCCACACACUGACCACCAAGAUUCGCUACGUUGAUGUCCUCAAGGCAAUCAAGACGUACGCCUUCAAGGCGUCACCCUACCCGGUCAUCCUGUCGUUUGAGAAUCAUUGCUCCAUCCCACAGCAGGUGAUUAUCGCCAAGUACUUGCGCAGCAUCUUCCACGAUGCGCUGCUCGACAACUAUCUGGUGGGCAUCGACUCUGAAACACAGCUGCCAUCACCCGAGCAACUCAAGUACAAAAUUCUUGUCAAGGCCAAGGGCAACAAGCGCGACGAUCCCACAAUGUCUGGAGUCGGCCCGGUCGCUGCAACGGGGCAGCUGAGCACUCCACGAGCGACUGGUCGCCGCAUGUCUCUCGGAGAUGCAUUGGUCAAGCCCCGCGGCAGCCGCUCCAACACGCUCAACAAGGCCACCCAGCCAUCCGAGCAAGACCUCGCUCUCUCGGCCAACGAUAUGCGCGAACUCGGGGCGAAGGACGCGUCCGCAGUCGCGCCCGCCGUCACGGCCAAGGACAAGAAAGAGACCCGCGACAAGGACAAGGACAAGGAAACCAAAGAAGAAAAGGAGGCAGUCUCUACGGAAGACUCUGAAGUUGAGAAGGUGGCUCCCGAACUUGCCGAGCUUGCCAUUUACUGCCGAGCGGCGCAUUUCGUGAGCUUUGAGGAUAACAUGGCUUGUCAAGUCUGGUACCAGAUGACAUCUAUUGGCGAGUCCAAAGCCAAAAAGCUGGCGCAGACGAAUCUGGCAGAGUACACGCUGUACAACCAGCGCUUCCUCAACCGCAUCUAUCCUGCAGCCAAGCGGUUCAACUCGAGCAACUUUGAUCCUCAGCAGUUCUGGAACACGGGCUCGCAAAUGGUGGCUCUCAACUACCAGACGAACGACAUUCCGAUGAUGAUGAAUCGCGGCAAGUUCCAGGUGAAUGGCCUCUGCGGCUACGUGCUCAAGCCUGCCUCGAUCAUUGGUACUCCCGACGCGCAGCCUGCAGUGCCCAAGCAGCUUUCUGUUCAGAUUUUGUCGGCCCAAAAUGUGCUGCACUAUUCCGAGUUUGCCAAGUUCCGCGACAGCGAGUUUGUGGUUGAAGUCCGCGUCGAUGGUGCUUCAACCGACACUGCCCGCAAGAAGACCAACUCGCGCACGGGUACGCCGGCACGCACCGAGUGGAACGAAACCCUGAAUUUCAACGUGGGUGACUCGGAGUUGGCCCUGAUUGGUUUCAUGCUUUACGAGAACAAGUCUCGUCGCCUUCUUGGGCAGUUCUUUGCCCCAGUCUCCAGUCUGAAUCAAGGGUUUCGUCACAUCUAUCUGAAAGGUGAAGGAGACGACCACCUGCACCACCAAACCUUGUUUGUCAACAUUGCUAUCGAGGACCUUUUGGACGGAGCGGACUGGCAGAUUGCCAUUUAAUUCUUUGAUCGUUUGUUUUUUUUUCUUUUUACUCUUGUUGUCGCCCCUCUCCUUUUGAUCUUCUUUCUUUUUUUUAUGCAUGUUUUGUAUUUGACCGGUUGAGUUUUUCUUCUUUUCCCUCUCUUUGCGUUCCAUUCACCCCUUCCCCUUCAAGUUGGGUUUGAUACUCGAUUUUUAAGCUUUUUUUUUUC